UCCGGCCGUGGCAAAGGUUAUCAGUGGCACACCACUACCACAUCCCCCCUUUCGUCCAUCCCAAAGCGCGCACGGAACGCUACUGAUACAGUUAACCAAUAAAUCCCUCUCAAACAACAUUGCGGUGUAUUCGAAUAUCGAAUAAAAUUUAAAUCACCGUUCUCUUUUUUUUUCUACAUCGUUCUAUAGACUAUAGAAAUAAGAAAAGACAAUAGAGUUAGUUAAAGACUGUGUGUGAAUAGACAAUUGUGUAACGGUUGCUUUUGGACGGUAUUUAGUGGAAAUGAAAAGCUGGAGGGCAUUUUUGUGCAUAAUAAUACUCGUUGCAUUGCACGAAGCGUCCACCGCGCGGCUGCCCGUCCUCAGGCCGAUAUACAUAAGAGAUGACAACGAAAUCCAAGUGGACCCAGAAGUCCGUAUACCGGCGGAGCUAGUCCGCGCGCGGGUGCGGGAGGGGGUGCCGCCGCCGCUGUGCGCGGGCCGCUGCGCCGCGCCGCGCGCCGGCCCGGUCUGCGCCUUCGACGCGGCGGGCACAGCGCGAACCUUUGCCACAUUGUGCGAAUUGGAAGCGGUCUCGUGCCGUGAAAGUACAUAUUAUGCCAUCACGAGUCUUGGAGAGUGUUGAUUAUUUACUAAAUUUAAUCAACUGCAAGAACAUGACAUUCUUCGUCCAUCAAAAUCAUAUUUAUAGAUACCUAAGUAAUAAUUUAAUACAGCCAUCAUUUGGCUAUAGGUACUUAUUAGCAAUUCAUGCCAAAAUUAAUCAUGUAAGUAAGUAAUUUGUAAAGCAACGUUUGCAGUAAGAAGAUAUUUUUUUUAAAAUACCUUAUUUUCAUUAGAUGUUUUGUGUAGAGCUACCGUAUUGAUAUAUAUGUAUAAUAUUUUACCAUGUAAACCUGUGCCAUUUCAACGUACCUAAGUAUUUUUAUAUAGCUUCUUACUAUUCUAAUUAAAAUUUUAGAUUAAAAAAAAAUAUGAUAUUAUUAGAUAGAUAUCGUUCUACCAACUAUAUAUACCUUUCAUAAUUAAAAUUAAAUAUCUUAUAGCUUACAGUAAGUAAUUCCAUUUGUACCUAAUUUUAUAUAACUUCAUGCGAUAAUUCUCAUUUUGUGAAAUCAAAAAGUAUUUAUUAAUUAUGUAUUAUUUCGGCCUAUUGAAAGUUCCUAAAUUUAAGUGUUUUUAACUAUGUGUUUAUUAUUAUUGUCUGUCUUAAAAGUGUAGUAUUAAGAUACAAUCUAGAGUAAGUAAAUCCCGUUAUUUAUUGUACUAAGUAUAAAGAUCAAUGGAUUGUAUCGCGACACCAGUUAGUGUAUGAGAUUUCAAUAAAACUUUUUGCUAAA